AUGGUUCUCAUUGAGAAUCAAGAAUACCUCUGCGAAGAGGAACAGCGCCUCAAGCAGGACCGCGAGCGCACCGCCUACUGGAAGCGAUGGGGUCCCUAUGUUGCCGAGCGACAGUGGGCAACAGGUCAUCAUGAUGGAGAUGCUUGGAGUCAUUUCACGCACGAUAUGGCACGGUCGCGUGCUUUCCGCUGGGGCGAGGACGGUAUCGCUGGCGUCUCCGACUCGCACGGCUUUCAGAACAUUGCAUUUGCUUUCUGGAAUGAGAAAGACGAUUUCCUAAAGGAACGACUUUUCGGACUGUCGAAUCCACAGGGCAACCACGGCGAGUCGCUCAAAGAGUGCCAUUUCCACUUGGACAACACCCCAACUCAUUCGUACAUGAAGUUUCUCUACAAGCUACCACAGCGGAAAUUCCCCUACGAAGACCUCAUCGAGACCAACGCAAAGCGAACACGGCUCGAGCCCGAGUACAAUCUAAUAGACACUGGCAUCUUCGAUGAUGACCGAUAUUGGGACAUAUUCAUUGAGACUGCCAAAGAGGCCGACGACCCGGAAGAGCUGUGCUUUCGAGUUACAGCAUACAACCGCGGUCCGGAGCCCGCUCCACUGCACAUAGUGCCUCACUGCUGGUUCAGGAACACUUGGGCGUGGGGUCACGAAGAUCCGAAGUUAAAGCCUUCUAUUACUAAGAUUGGCCCAACGACUGCUCAGUCAAAACACCACAAGCUCGGAGACCGAUACUUCCAGCUUUCACCGUCUCCCGGUACCGGUCCAAGCGGCGAGGACAUCCAGCCUGAGCUGCUCUUUACCGACAAUGACACCAACUACAAGGGCAUAUGGAAGGUCGAGAACAAGACGCCAUAUGUCAAGGACGCUUUCCAUCGCUACAUUGUAGAUGAUGAAAAGGACGCUGUGAACCCCGCCAAUACGGGCACCAAAUGUGCUGCGUGGUACGCUUUCGAUGAAGGCGAGGGCGUCCAGCCUGGCGAGUGUGCAGUAGUCCGCUUCAGGCUCUCGCGAAAAGACGACGGCUAUCUCGACGAAGAGCUCUUUGACGACAUCAUUGAGCAACGCCGUGCAGAGGCGGACGAAUUCUACUACAGGAUAAGCCCUCUUCCCAUUGCGGAUGACUUGCGCAAUGUCCAGCGCCAAGCAUUUUCCGGUAUGAUGUGGUGCAAGCAAUACUACCACUUCAUCUGGGACCAGUGGGCCAAUGGUGAUCCGGCCAUGCCUCCUCCGCCACCUGAACGAAAGGCAAUAAGAAACAAAGAGUGGAAACACAUGUACCUGGACGAUAUCCUUUCCAUGCCUGAUUCCUGGGAAUAUCCAUUUUUUGCUGCCUGGGACAGCGCCUUCCACUGCAUUACACUGGCGAUGAUUGAUCCCGAUUUUGCUAAGAAGCAGCUCGAUCUCUUUACGCGCGAGUGGUACAUGCAUCCCAAUGGCCAACUUCCGGCUUACGAGUGGAACUUUGGUGAUGUGAACCCUCCAGUUCACGCCUGGUCAUUAUUCAGGGUGUUCAAGAUUGAACGUAAGAUGUAUGGACGCGAGGACUUUGACUGCCUCGAGCGCGUGUUCCAGAAGCUGUUGCUCAACUUCACCUGGUGGGUCAACCGAAAAGACGCGGACGGAAAGAACAUCUUUGAGGGUGGCUUCUUAGGUCUUGACAACAUUGGCGUCUUUAAUCGUUCCGAUCCUUUGCCGACCGGUGGUGUUCUGGAGCAGGCUGACAGCACUGGCUGGAUGGGCUUCUACUGCCUGAACAUGCUGAACAUCUGUCUCGAACUUGCCAAGAGACGCCGCAUCUACGAAGACAUGGCUUCCAAGUUCUUCGAGCACUUCCUUAUGAUUAGCGACGCUAUGCAGUUCCGCAGCGAGGGCGAGUCGAAGCCACUAUGGAACGAAGAGGACGGCUUCUACUACGACGCCAUCUCGUGGGGUGGCCCAUGGAGUCAUCAGAUGCCAGUCCGUUCUCUUGUUGGUCUUAUUCCCCUCUAUUCGACCAUGACACUUGAACCGGAGAUCAUCAACAGAUUGCCCAGUUUCAAGAAGCGUGUAGAAUGGUUCAUUGCCAAUCGCCCAGAGCAAUCGAAGCGUAAUAUUCACACGCUGUCCAAACGCGGUCAGGGCAAUCGCAUGCUCCUGUCGCUUGUCAACGAGGACCGUCUCAAGCGAAUAAUGAAGAGGAUGUUGGACGAAGAUGAAUUCUUGGCUGAUCAUGGUAUUCGAUCACUCUCAAAGUACCACAAAGACCAUCCUUACUCCAUGGAUGUCAACGGCGAAAAGUACGAGGUGGCCUACCUGCCGGGUGAUUCAGACAGCGGCCUUUUCGGCGGCAACAGCAACUGGCGAGGCCCGAUCUGGCUGGCGGUAAACUUUCUGCUUAUCGAGUCUUGUCAAAGGUUCCAUCUCUACUACGGCAACAACUUGAAGGUUGAGUGCCCUACAGGUUCUGGUGACUAUAUGCAUCUUGGUCACGUAGCAGAAGAGAUUCAGCAUCGUCUCCAGCAUUUAUUUGCCCGCGGAGAUGACGGCAGGAGGGCCAUCAAUAACGGAAACGAGAUGCUCGACUUUGACCCCAACUGGAAAGACUACAUGUGGUACCAUGAGUUUUUCGAUGGCGACACUGGACGCGGGUUGGGAGCGACACAUCAGUGCGGCUGGACCGGCCUGAUUGCGAAGAUGAUUCAUGACACUGGCAUGACUUGUCGUCUCCCACAGACACCACGCACGCCAACUGGUGCUGCAAGCCACUACUUUGACGAUGUCUUUACGCCUGCAGGCAAACCGGCCAAACGCCAUGCUCUUCGUCGAUCAUCAACAAGCCGUAGCAUCGGCUUCCGAAGUGACUGGGGAGAGACGUCGACCAAUGGUGAAGAAGAGUAUGAUGAUGAAUCAGGCCCGAUGAGGCGUAAGAACUCGGUCGGCGUGUUAGACCAAGCGGCGCUUGAGCAAAAGUCAGCCAUGGAGGAUCGCCUGAACCAUUACGUCAGCGGACAGCUCCAGCGUAUCAAGAAGGGCAUGCAAGACUACGAGCCGGACGAGCUGGAGACGGUGGAUGAUGCUCACGACACACGAGGCAGAAACGGAAACCGCAAUGGGCGUAAACGCGACGAUGGCGAUUACUUUGAGCAAGAUCCGUACUUUAGCAAAUAAGCCAUGAAAAAGCAUGGUGGAUACGACGUGGUUGUUAGAGGAUGCAGUAUUUGGUAGACUGGGCAGUCACCCUGUGAGGGUUAGAUCCUAGACUCAUGAUAGAGGCACAGUAGACGCAGAGUAUUUGUUUUCUCCACACACUGGUGGCGUUGAUUCCUUUGAUGAUUUGCCGCCUGACAAAAGUAACCAUAUAGAUAAUGCGUGGCGUACCUAAUAACACACGAAGUGUAUCGUGUGUCAAUGAGAUGCAUGUGCCUGUUU